AACAACUGGCAACGGAUCUUCAAGUCCUAUUCGCCAAAAUGUUGAAAUUUCCCCCUUUUAAAACCGUUGCUACCACCAUCCUCUCUUCUCCAUAUCCUUCCUUCUGUCUACCUCCUAAAUCUCCCUUCACUCGAUUCCCCUCUCUCACCGUCGCUACUGUUCUCUUCCGCCCUUUUUCCACCCUCGACAUGGGUGACGAUUCCGGCAUGGAUGCUGUCCAGAGACGUCUCAUGUUCGAAGACGAAUGCAUUUUGGUGGAUGAGAAUGACAAAGUUGUUGGCCAUGAUACCAAAUACAAUUGCCACUUGAUGGAGAAGAUUGAAAAAGAAAAUUUGCUACACAGAGCAUUCAGUGUCUUCUUGUUCAACUCAAAACACGAGUUACUCCUUCAGCAACGGUCUGCUACCAAGGUGACUUUUCCUCUGGUAUGGACAAACACUUGUUGCAGCCACCCGCUAUACAGGGAGACUGAGCUUAUUGACGAAAAUGCCCUUGGGGUCAGGAACGCUGCACAGAGGAAGCUCUUGGAUGAACUCGGUAUCCCUGCUGAAGAUGUUCCAGUUGAUCAGUUUACCCCCUUAGGUCGCAUUCUGUACAAGGCUCCAUCCGAUGGGAAAUGGGGAGAACAUGAACUUGAUUACCUGCUUUUCAUCGUACGUGAUGUUGGUGUGAAUCCUAAUCCAGAUGAAGUGAAAGAUGUAAAGUAUGUGAAUGCGGAAGAGUUGAAAGAGUUGGUAAGGAAGGCAGAUGCUGGGGAAGAGGGUCUGAAGCUCUCCCCAUGGUUCAGGUUAAUCGUUGACAAUUUCUUGUACGAGUGGUGGGACCGGGUCCAUAAGGGAACCUUGCCCGAAGCCGUUGAUAUGAAAACCAUCCAUAAACUCACUUAGAAUCACUAGCCAUGUUGAGUCAAGUCGUAGUAAUGAAUUCGGGUGUGAGUGGGUGGUUUGGUACCGAAACCGAUCUCCCCUUUUAAAAGCUUUGUUGACGGUCAGGUUUGCACGAUAGCAUAGGGUUAUGCUAUCGUAUAACGAAAUAAAUGGCGUAUUUGUUUGAACAACUUUUGUUUUCAUGCGUAAUACAUGCUCAUUAUUGGUU